AUGGGGGAAAAAUCCGACACAAGUAUGGCAGGAGUAUCUCCAAAUUUUGGCAAUCCCAAACUCAAGGAUAAAAGGGCCCGUGUGGCAGAGCGUUUCGUCCCUUUCAGGUCUUCAAGAAUAAAUUCUGUUCAGAAUGCUAUAGAUUCAUUAGCAUACCAACCAUGGACAUGUUAUGAUAUAAGAAGAUUAGACAAUGUAGAUGAAGGGAAAGAUGAGUAUGAUCACUUUUUCAUGCGGGCCCUUACAACUGCAAGAAGACUAUUCCCAAGUAAUAGACCUUGUGGGAAAUUUUUGGCAGAAAAGGUUGUAACAGGCGGAAAAUCAGCUCUUCAGCUCGAUUCAAUGGAUGCUAUGAAAAGGUUGCAUUUUCUGUCAGCCUGUUUACCAGCGAAAGUCCUCAAAAAAGCUAUUGAUGAUAUUGGGUGUAGCUUCGGUUCAGAGUUAAUGAAAGACGGAGCUUUAACUGGAAGAUUGACUAAGUACCUCGCCAAGAAGUGUGCUGCCCCUCCCCAAAAUGUUGACGAAGUCACAUGUACAAGUUUAGAAACAAACUAUAAGCCAUAUCUAAAGUCAAUGAAAAGAAGCUUUUUCAAAAGCUUGCCGCAGGCUGUGAUGUGUGACACAAAAUGUCUAGAUCUAUUUAAAGGAGCAGAAGGGUUUCCAAAAGAUGUUAUGAAAUUCAUAAUGAAGCAGUGUUACAAGGACAGCUCAACUAUAAGUCCUGAUGAUGUCAAAAAUUUGGGAGGCUUGGUCACUGACCUUCCCUUGGACAAAUUUGAUCAGAUUAAUGCUGCUGACCUGGAAACGAACAUUAAAUCAAUCAAAAAUGAUUUGAAAGCUGCAAAAAAACAACGAGGAAAGAAAGCUGUUGUUAAAAAACUUGCUAAAAAGAUGCUUGAUGAUGGCAAGGUGUCUGAUCUUGUUGAUUCUAAGGAGAUAAUGAAGGAGGUAUCACUGAAAGAUCUGAAAGCAUCCCUGUCUCAGUCUGCUGAUGUGAUUCAAGAUCUUGGCAUUGGUGAUACAAAUGCAACAUUAGGGUUUACUGAUUCACAGAAAAAAUGGGUGGUGAAACAGGUUGUGAAGAACAAGCAAGCAGGUGCCUUCACAGUGGAGGAUUUAAGGGAGAUGAAGUCACUUGUAACAGGUUUGUUGUCCUCCCAUAUCAAGAAAAUGGGUGAGGCUCACAGUAACGAUGCCGAAGGAAUGGAACUAGCUAGAGAGAUGUGUACACAUACUGACUGGCCAAGAAAAUCUCUGGAAGCUAUCAACAAAUAUCUGAUACAGUCAGGCCUUAAUGUAAGAAAUUCUACUGACCCCAUGUCAUCUUUAACUGUGAUGGAUGUGGAAGGCCUUGGCUGCCAGUGUCUACUAAAUUUCAAUACAUCUGAAUAUGAGUAUAUGGACCAGGAAGUUUGCUCAGCUGUGUGUAUGAAGAUUGGAUAUUGUGACAUAUUCCGGUGCUUGAAUCCUACUAGAAGGAAAAAUGUUCUACAGGCUUGUUUGAAAUGCAAGGGUUUGGGAAGCCAUAUGAUAACAGAUACUGAUUUUGAUGAACUAGGACCAAAUCUGAUAUCUCAGAUGUCUCGGGCACAGCUUGACCUUGUUCCUGCAGAAGUGCUACAGAGCCACGUAGAGUUCUUCAAAGAUAUUUGCAUGGACCAGACAUUAAGAACAGCUGUAUCUGAAGCAUUACAGGAAGUCAUUGGAAGCUCUGGAACAAAUUAUGAACCGGAGACCUUGUACUUGCUGGGUAGCGCUAUAAAAGUUCUUCCUAAAGCACUACAGGCACAACUGGACAAGACAGUGAUUGCUGACAUGCAGACAGCAUUGAUGGAAGAGUUGGUACCAGAUACUGAUGAAGAGAUCAAUCUGAGGAAAUGUUGUGAGAAAUGGCUUAAUACAACUGACUUAGACAACCUUAAGGAACAGAAUUUUAAUCUAAUGCUGACAGUAAAGGAUGCUUUUUUCGCAGAUAGCGAACUCUUAAGAAAGAAGAGAUCCAACCUUUUUCCAUGGACUUGUCGCCAGAUUCGUCCUCUCCCAGUAUUGUUUGCAACAGCUUCUGCCAAGGAGAUUGACGCUAUGAAUAAUCAGGAAUUUGUUGACUGCCUAGAAGUCAUUGGAAAUAUUCAGACUUUAAAGCGCUGGCAACGUGAGCUCUUGUUGACUAAAGCACGAACAGCAUUGUCUAAACAGAAUGUAUGUGAUAUGACUGUAAGUGAACUUGAGCAGCUAGGAGUUAUUGCCCUUGGUUUUAGUGUUCAGGACAUCAGCUGUCUCCCUCUGAGCAAUGAGAAUCUGGUUUCCUCACUUGGUGGCUUGGAAGGAUGGAAUACACAACAGUUGUCUGCCCUUGCUACAAGGUAUAUGAGCACAAACAGUUUGUCAAACCUGUCCACACUCACAUCUUCAAAUAUCACUAUGCUGGGACCAAUCAUAUGUGGAUUUACGGCCAGUCAGAUUUCUACAUUAUCACCUGCAGAAUUUGGGAAUAAUGGAGAGGAUAUUGGAAGCAUGACAGAAUGUGGUCUCCAGCAGUGGAAAGCUUUUGUAAGUUUGGCUGUACAAGAUAAUGCCUAUGGACCAAUUAGUACAUGGGAGGCUGAAGAUGUAAAUGAACUGAAGUUUAUAAUUGCUGGACUAUCUGGUAGUGAGAUAAAGGAACUUACAGAGGCUGCUUUAGAGGGGUUGGAUGCUGAUGUGAUACCGUUAAUACCUAGAGAUGUUCUCAAAAACAAAGAAUUGGCUCAGUUACAAUCACUCUCAGAUGUCCAGGCUUCGGCAGUAACGAAUUCCCAGAGGGCAGUACUGACAGCAGAACAGAAUGCUGUACUGGAUAGAAUAGUUGAUAGUGAACCAGUGAUUGGGGCAGGCCAUAGUGGCACUAAUUCCACUCCUGUACUAGGGAAGGUAUUCGGAAGUGUCAUGAUAAUGGUUGCCAUGACCAUCCAGAGUAUUGUCCUCAUAUGAAACUUGUCAUUUACUGUGAAUGUUUGAUUCUGUUGUCAUUCAGUUUCAAUAAAAUAUGAUGUUAAA